UGCUAUUAGUUGUCAUACGGACAACGAAAUCUCUGAGAUCCACGAUAGUAUAAUGUUUGAUAUUUUCCAAACUAUAUUUAGAAGCGACAUAUAUAGGACUGCAGAUUAUGUCAAUGAAAGGUAUUACAAGUAUGAUAGUGGGCCAAGUGCAGGGUGACAGUUUUAAUAUUAGCUCAGAUGAAAUUAUUUUCCAUACUACGUCGGACUCGGCCUCCGUUUUAAGGGAAAAUGGUAGCCCCCGUGAAUGUCAACAAAGAAAAGACACUCGUGUGGAGCCCCUGGGGAUAGAAAACAAUAGUGAGGCACUCGAAGGGAGCGAGUCGGACAACCAUUGUGAUUCAGCAGAGAAAAAGAAAAGGAGGAGACGGCUGAAGGGUGGAAAACAUCACCGAAAGUGGAAGCCGUACGAAAAAUUGAGCUGGAAUGAGCGCCGUGAAUUGGAAGAGAGGGAAACGCAGCGAGCAAACCAGAAACGUGAGGAGGCGUUUGCAAGUGGCCACCCGGUAGCGCCUUAUAAUACAACCCAGUUUCUAAUGGAAGAUCACGGAAAGGCGGAUCCAAAUAUUGAUGAUGGAUUACUCAAUCGAAAUAAUUCUCGGGAAUCGAUCGACGGGAGCGGAUCCACGAGUGACUCGUCGGAAGAAAUGUAUUCAGAGGAGGAAGAAUUUUUGGAGAAAGAAUUUGAGGAGACCUACGAUAAUAUGCACGCAGAGAGAUUGCAGAAAAUGAGCAAGGACGAAUUAAUUAAGGAUUACAUCGAGAUGGAGACUAAAUUGGACAGACUGCAGAGGCGAUUGGAGCGACGCAAUAGACGCAACAAUGAUACAGCUGACGAAAGUUCCGGUUCAUUGAGCAGCGGCGGCGAGGAGUUUGUUGAUAUGGACGUGGUGCGAAAACUAGAGGCGGAACAAGAAAAACUCAAAAAGGAAAAUGAACAUUUAAAAAAAGAAAUGUUAAAAAUGACGAAGAAAUCCAGCUGAUAGCUCUAACAAUUUUUUACAAUUUUUUUAGGAAUCAAUUUGAAGGCGAGUUUAAGCAUAUUAUUAUAUUUUAUAAAAAUGGAAAACGGCAUAAAGAUAAUAUUAUUAAAUGCAUUUUUAAAAAAAAUUGGGUGGGAUUUUUUUCCCUUGAAGAUUUAACUUUAAAGAUAUUUUACUACAGUUUGAUCGAUGCUAUACAUGUUUGUCUUUCCUCGCACUACAGGAUGCAGGAAGAGAUCUAGUGAUCAAAUUCUGGUUUUAGAAAGGGAAUCGGGGGAUAGUAAUUAUGGUAAUUAUAAAAGGUUUUUAAAAUAAAUGAAUUAAGAAAAAAGAUCUCUUUCUGUCUGAAGAUGUUAAGAAUUUUGCAUUGAAAAGGGAAAGAGUGGAUUUAGUCACUUCAAUGUGCAGCAAAUAUGUGCCAUUUACUUUGUGUUCAUGAAAUCAUGGCAUUAUUAUUUUUUCUUCAAAUUCAUAUAUUUUUUAUGAUUUUUUUUAUUGGAAAAAAAAAUUACAAAAUAAGAAAAAAAUUAUCAAAUUGAUCUCAUAACUUUUUAGUUCAUGAAAAUAUUAGGUUAUUUUUAAAUGUUUUUGUUAUAUUAUUAUACACUUAUUGUUGAUAUCUAUUAAAGCACAAUAUUUGUGAAAACAUGGUGUACCACAAUGUCUUUCCUUUUUCAAUAACAUUUAUGCAUUAAAUGUUUAAUCAUGUAUUCUGUAAAAGUUGUGUUGAUUGUAUGCUUGGUAUAAAAGAGGAAGGGGUGAGAAUUUUGUCUAGCCUCUCUAGAUGCAUCUACAGUACACUGUCAAUAAUAAGUUGCAUUGAAAAUAAAAAAAAAAUAUUUCAAUGCGCUUGUAAUAAAACGACAAAAUUUUUUGCAAUGUAUAAAAACUUCCUUAGCAGCUGUCUCCUGAAAUGUCACCUGUUUGGGUCAAUGGCCAUUGUUAUGCAAAGACUUGCAUAGUCAUCAAUGGCAGAAUUUUUAAAGGAUUUCUUUACAGCUGAUGAAUGAAUGAAUGUGUACAUGUGUUUCAAUUUUUGACAUUUUGGUCUUCAUCUGAGAACCAAAGUACAAAAAUCAGUUAAUAAAGUCCCAUUUUACAGGUAUGCAGAGGAAUUUUAGUGCUUGUGACUAUCACAUCUAAAUGAUAAAAAUUUAACAUUGUGAAAUGUGGGACCAAGUAAGUACUGUCAAAUUUGUCAAAAAUGUUCAAAUGUGGUGCAUUAAAUGAAACUGUAUUUUCCUAGAGUUAGGAAUAGUGUAGACUCAUUUUACAUGUAUCUGGGCAUUUAAGAAAUAUUUUGUAUUUCUUGAUAUAAAAUGUUGAAAGGUUAUGUUUUAAUAAAAAGGAACAUGAAAUCC